UCUUUAUUUUCUUUAGGUAUUUUCCCAACUGACUGUCUUAACGAGCUGACUCCACCUGCCAGAACGCACCGUUUCGCUCCCUCACUGAGCUGACAACGAAACGCUCUCUUGGCUCAGCCAUUUUCUCAAACGCCUUGACCGCACUCAGUCGUUAGAUCCACCGUUGAAAUGUUACGAAGGUCAAUUUUGGAAUUAUCGUCGCGUCGGAGGAUUCUGAGGACCCAGCGGGUCUCCUUUAUUAUUUCUUCAAGAAAGGAAUUUUCAACUGCAUCCCAGCUUAAUUCAUCCAACAAACCUGGUCCCACGGGCAAGCCACCUGAAUCAAAGGGUAAUUUGUCAACUGUUGUUGUUGGAACUACUGUCAUUGCUGGUGCUGCCCUUUUAGCUUAUCAGAAUGGGUAUUUAGAUCAAUAUAUUAGCCAAGAGAAUGAGAAACAGAAGUCUAUUGAUUUGCCUAAGUUCAGUGAUGAUAAGAACACUUUGAAGAAUGCUCAAAAUUUGGUGGAGCCCAUAGUUCCUUCCCACAGUGACAAAGAGCCUAAAACAUCUGUGGAGCAAGCUUUGCAGAAUGACAAAGAUCCUCAUCAGCCUGGAACAUUUAGUGAAAUACCAGUUGAAAACCAGUCUCAUUUGGAAGAUAGAGGAGAUUUGACACCUGAAGAUGGUACAAUAGCAGUGGAGAAAGACUCAGCGGAAACUAUUAAGAAAGUCAUAGAAUCUGAUAUUCAAGGUUCAAGCCCUCCAAUAUCAUCUGAAGGAAGUAUUCAGAUGGAAAGCCCAGAAUCAAAAACUGUCAAGGAAGUUCAAGUCACUUCAAUAUCUGGCCAGGCGAAUGUAGUUCCUGAUAAAGAUGAGGAGACCAAAAAAUCCGACCUGAAAACAAUGCCACAUCAGCAUAUUAUCACAGAAGACAAAUCCAAGGAUGCUUUGGGCAAAGGGGCCAAAGCACCAGCUUCUCUCCUUGAGGCAUAUCAUCUUAGGGAUGACAUUGAUGAAGGUGCUACAGCCAAGGCGACAGAGGAUUAUAUUAAUGCAAUUGAGGAGCUGAACAAUGAUUAUCUAUCCAAUGAGGGGAAAUUGGUGUUUGAUUUUUUACAAGCAAUUCAUGCUGCUGAAAAAAGGCAAGCUGAACUGGAUGCUCGUAUGUUUGCUGAAGAAAAGAGAGUACUGAAGGAGAAGUAUGAAAAAGAACUGAGGGACUCAAGGGCUAGGGAGCUGAUGAGUACGGAAGAGGCUGCAAUCUUAGAGAAGGAAUUGAAGAGAGAGAGAGCAAAAGCGGCAGCUGCUAUCAAGUCACUGCAAGAGGAGAUGGAGGAGAAACUAAGGCUGGAACUGGAACAGAAGGAAAGUGAAGCAGAGUUGAAGUUGAAACAAGCACAAGAAUUAGGUAAAGUGGAACUAGCUGCAGCAAUCACACGUGAGAAGGCAGCACAGAUUGAGAAAAUGGCAGAAGCAAAUCUUCAUAUAAAUGCAUUGUGCAUGGCAUUUUAUGCUCGAUCAGAAGAGGCUCGUAAGAGUUACUUUGCUCACAAGCUUGCUCUGGGGGCACUUGCUCUAGAGGAUGCACUUUCCAAAGGGUCACCAAUUAAAAAAGAAAUAGAUGCACUAUGCACCUAUCUAGAUGGCAUUGAAAAAGACUCUGUCUUGGAUUUGGUUUUAUCAUCCAUUCCAGAAGAAACUCGAUACCAUGGCACAGAAACACCAUUGCAAUUGAAUCAGAAGUUUGACACCUUGAAAAGGACACUACGACAUUUCAGUCUGAUCCCACCAGGCGGUGGUGGUAUCCUAACACAUUCGUUAUCACAUGUUGCAUCCUGGUUAAAGGUAAAGGAAGUUGGCGAGUCUGGAGACGGGAUUGAAUCUGUGAUUUGUAGAGUUGAAAGUUACUUGUGCGAUGGAAAACUGGCCGAAGCAGCUGAUACUCUUGAACAAGGUGUUCGAGGUAGCCAAGCAGAGGAGAUAGUAGUUGAUUGGGUGAGGCGAGCUAGGAAUAGAGCAAUCACAGAACAAGGUCUAACUUUCCUUCAAUCGUACGCUACUUGCCUUAGCCUUGCUUAAAGUUCUGAGAAAUUUAACUGGAUGCCUGCUUUUUAUAUGGAGUAUAUCUCCAUCUUAUACUAAAUUCAUUGAUUCUGCGGUUAAGCCUACAGAAAUUUCCUAUGGGUUUUCAUAAUUACUUACGAGACAACAAAGAAUAACCAUUUCUUUUCGAAACUUUUUUGACGGGAGAUCUGUAAGAAUUUUCACUGCCCUUUUCCUGAAACUGUGCAGAAUAUCCAAUCAUCUGAAUAAAAUUUUGCUUUCUUACAAAA